AUGGGACUGACUACACGAAUCAAAAAGGAUCUCGAAUUGAAAAACUUCACGGUCCAUGCGCAAUGGCUUGGCAUGUUCGCAGCUGUUGUUCAUGCCAUAGGGGCCCUUCGAUUGCUCUACAUGGCUUUCAAGGCAGACCGGUACGCUGACUGGUGGGCUGGUGAAAUCUCCAUGAACCUACCGUGGUCUUUCAGGCUCGCCUGGACCUUGACCGGAUAUCUCAACCUCAUGUGA